CUCUUCCAAUCAGGUGCUUGUUGAUGAGGAGGAUAAUGAUGAUGAGGAUGAAGAUAGAAAUGGCGAUGAUGAUGAUGAUGGUGAGAACGAUGAUGAUGAGAACAUGGCAGACGAUGAUGAUGAUGAUAAUAAUGAUCGUCAUCAGCAAGAUUCAAGGGUUGGUAGUUUGAAAUCAAGACUGCCUGUAUCAAUGGAGGUGAUUGAGAAACACUGGAAAUUGCAGAAGCUUGAAAACAGCAGCCUCUUACAUAGCAACAACAAGAACAACAACAACACAUCAUCAUCUUCAUCUUCUUCAUCAGCAACGUCAUCGUCGUCGUCAUCGCCGCUCUGGUUGAAUGUAGGUCAAGAGGGUAAUCAGGUCAAUAAUAAUAGUAAUAAUAAUAAUGAUGAUGGUAAUGGUGAAGAGAUUUCUGGAGAUGGCACAGUGUUAAUCAACAACAAUAACCCCAAAAACUCGACUACGACGUUAACAUCAAAUACACUGACCAUGUCCAGUGAUUUCCAGGCGAAUAACAACAACAACAACAAUAAUGGUAACAACAAUUCAUCAUCGAUGAUGUCAUCCCUGAUGAAGAAGUCAAGAAUUCCUUCUAAAAAUAAUCCACAGCCUGAAUUACAUGGAUGGCUUGAAACUUUUCAGUCUUGGGGACAUGCGGAAAGGUUACUGGCUCUUGAUGAACUUACAAAUCUCUGUGAUCAUACACAGGUUCGGCAUCUGAUGCAAGUUAUCGAGCCACAAUUCCAGAGGGAUUUCAUAUCAUUAUUGCCGAAAGAGCUGGCCCUCUACGUCCUAUCAUUCCUCGAGCCUCGUGAUCUCGUAAGAGCGGCCCAAACGUGUUCAUACUGGCACACCCUAGCUGAAGAUAACCUAUUGUGGCGAGAAAAAUGCCAAGAAGAAGGGGUCACAGAGUCUCUGGUCUACCAGGGGGCCCACAGGAAGAGGGGGGUUCAGAAUCAGGGAUGUGCGGCUUCCGGUACUUCAACGAAGACAGGAUCGUAUUGGAAGUCGUUGUACCUGAGGCAAAAACAAGUGGAAAAUAAUUGGAAGUACGCUGUUAGGUUGCCUAAGGUCUUAAAAGGUCAUGAUGAUCACGUGAUAACCUGUUUAGAAUUUUCAGGCAACAAAAUAGUCAGUGGCUCGGAUGAUAAUACGCUAAAAGUCUGGUCUGCCGUUACUGGGAGGUGCCUAAGAACCCUAACUGGCCACACGGGUGGCGUCUGGUCAAGUCAGAUGAAUGGAAACCUGAUAAUUAGUGGAUCGACUGAUCGUACGCUAAAAGUAUGGAACGCCGAAACCGGCCAGUGCAAGCAUACCUUAUUUGGGCAUACUAGUACUGUGAGGUGCAUGCAUCUACAUAACAAGAGAGUUGUGAGCGGCAGUCGAGACGCGACGCUGCGCGUCUGGGAUAUUGAGACAGGCGAGUGUCUGAGAAUCCUCAUCGGACACGUCGCCGCCGUGCGCUGCGUUCAGUUCGACGGACGCCGAAUCGUUAGCGGUGGCUACGACUACAUGGUCAAAAUCUGGGACCCCGACUCAGACAUGUGUCUCCAGACACUGGCUGGACAUAAUAAUAGGGUCUACUCUUUGCAGUUUGAUGGCACGCAUAUUGUUAGUGGAUCUCUUGAUACCUCCAUCAGAGUUUGGAAUGUAGAUACUGGAGUAUGCGUGCACACCUUGGUUGGGCACCAGUCACUCACUAGUGGAAUGGAACUUAAGGAUAAUAUUCUGGUAAGCGGAAACGCAGAUAGCACUGUGAAAGUUUGGAACAUUUCAACUGGACAAUGUCUGCAGACACUGCAAGGUAGUCCCAACAAACACAUGAGUGCAGUAACCUGCCUGCAGUUCAAUGGAAAAUUAAUAAUCACCAGCUCGGACGAUGGCACAGUAAAACUCUGGGACCUAAAAACCGGGGAACAUCUUAGAAAUUUAGUGUCUUUGGAUAGCGGCGGAAGCGGCGGAGUCGUCUGGCGAAUCAGGUGCAACAACACGAAACUCGUCUGCGCGGUCGGAAGUCGGAACGGUACCGAAGACACUAAAUUGCUUGUCAUCGAUUUUGACGUUUUGGACGAUAGCAGCGUAAGUAAUGGUAGCAAUUGUACUAAUAAUGGUCUGAUCAACAGCAACGGCUGCAUCAGUUAUGGUGACAAUAAUAAUAAUAAUAACGUUGGUAGUAGUGGUAACUUGGGAGGAGCAGCGCAGGUUGUUAACGGUAAUAAUAAUAACAAUAAUAAUAAUAAUAAUGGUGGUGGUAGCGGGAAUGGCGUCAAUCUUUGA